AUGUGCCAGAAGUAUCCAUAUGAACCAUUGAUUGGAGGUAAGUCACAAAAUAGGCAAUUUAGGCAUAAACAUCCCAUUCCCAAACUCCAACUCACAGCGUCGCAGACGAUAUGGCCACCCAUCAUUUUUUGCGGCUUUGCUUCUACCUGUAAGGUGUGGUAAAAUCUUUAUAAUUUCAGUAAAUACCAAUAUUGGAUACUGAAUACUGUACAUUAAGUGUAAAACACCAAAAGGCAAAUGAUCACAAAAUCAUCAAAAUCGAUUCUUGCACACACUUACACGAUACAAACAACAGCUUUUGUUAACAGUAUCAACAUCAUAUUUCAGGACUAUUUUUGCAGGGGAAAUCACAGGUCCUAAGAUUAGCCAUGGCUGUACAAUCCAUGGCAAACUUCAUGGAUACCUUAGAUGAUGAAAAUAGUAGCAACAAUGAUCAGGACGAUGACAAUGUAAAUGAAGACGAAGUAAACAACCAUGACAGGGUAAAUGACAGCGAAGAAGCAAACGACGAAGACAGUGUAAAGGAGAACAAUGAAGAAACUGACGGUGAUGAAGCAAAUGACAAUGAUGAAGAAACUGACGGCAGAUGA